AUGGCUCUAGAGCACGCCCAGAAAGAGAUCUGGAUCCUUGACUGGUGGCUUUCACCAGAACUCUAUCUUCGCCGACCACCAGCCAAAAACGAGCAGUACCGGCUCGACCGUCUUCUCUUCGCGGCCGCUAAUCGGGGCGUCCGAAUCAACAUCAUUGUUUACAAGGAAGUCACACAGGCAUUGACUCUAUCCUCACACCAUACGAAGCAUUGGCUGGAGGACAAUGACAAGACUGGAAACAUCAAAGUCUUCCGCCACCCUGAUCACUUACCAGAUAAGCAUUUCAUGACAAGCAUCAAGCAGACUGGUAUGAGCGCCGCGGGCCUUGCACAGCUUUCUGGAGAUGCACUCAAAACCAUCUAUGGAAUGAACGAUGAUGCGAUCCUCUACUGGGCUCAUCAUGAGAAGCUGUGUCUGGUCGACGGAAAGACUGCCUUUAUGGGCGGCCUCGACUUGUGCUAUGGAAGAUGGGACACGAACCAACACAGUAUUAGCGACGCUCAUCCAGAGGACUUGGGGCAAAUUGUCUUUCCCGGCCAAGAUUACAACAACGCUAGAAUAUCUGAUUUUGRGGACGUCUCGCAUUGGGAGAACAACAAGCUUGAUCGCAGAUACAACAGUCGAAUGGGCUGGUCUGAUGUCGCUCUUUGCGCUAAAGGUCCUGUGGCAGAAGAUCUGAAGGCCCAUUUCGUUCAGCGCUGGAAUUUCAUCUACUACGAGAAGUACGACGUACGCCAGCAAGCCCGAUAUCAACCUCUGGUGUACAAACCGACGCGGGCAGGCAUCAUUGGUCAUCCAUACAACCAAGCUGAGGGUGGUGCUGAAAAUGAAAUCGACGGCCAGUAUCAUGGCUUUCGUGCGAAGAUGAAGCAGCAAUUGGAAACUGGCCGGGCCCGGCUGGAAGCAGGUCUGCGAGAGGAGUUCCGCGAGACGGAAGACCUUCCGAGUGGUCCCCUGGGAGGCGUGCACUGCCAGAUCCUGCGCUCGUGUGGAAAGUGGAGUCAUGGGGUUGCGGUCGAGCACUCAAUUGCGAACGCCUACAUUGAAGUCAUCAAAAACUCGCAGCACUUCAUAUUUUUAGAGCAGCAAUUUUUCAUCACUGCCUCUGGCGACAAACAGAAGCCAAUCACCAACCUCAUUGGCGCCGCCAUCGUUGAGAGGGCGCUUCGUGCCGCGAGAAACAACGAGGACUGGCACAUGAUUAUCAACAUUCCAUCUGUGCCCGCCUUUGCUGGUGACCUGAAAGCGGAUGGCUCGCUCGGUACUCGAGCAAUCAUGGAAUUCCAAUACAACUCGAUCAACCGUGGAGGGCACAGUAUCAUGGAGACCAUCGCAAGGGAGGGAGUGGACCCCAUGCGGUAUAUCAGAUUUUACAACCUUCGCAGCUACGAUCGGAUCAACACAAACGCUGCCAUGUCUAAGGCAGAGCAGCGGUCUGGUGUCUCAUAUGACGAUGCUCGGAAAGGUUAUGAUCAAAAAUAUGGCAACACCACCGACUCUCAGGAGUACGGACAAGAAUACGCCGGAGCUUCUGAAGAUAAUGAGAAUGCACUCAAUCGGUACCAGAACGCAGCGCAGCAGGUUCGUGGAAGUGAUCCUGGCCGUUGGGACACAGUCGCAGAGUGCUACAUGCUCAAUGGUCCGGAUAUUCGUUCUGUGCCUUGGGACGGCACGGCGCAAGAGGAGAUGGAUGCCUUCGUUUCGGAAGAACUGUACAUCCACUCUAAGCUCCUCAUAGCCGACGACAGAAUUGUUCUCUGCGGCAGUGCAAACUUGAAUGAUCGCUCUCAGCUCGGCUACCAUGACAGCGAGAUUGCCAUGUUGAUCGAAGACCCACAGGAGAUCGAUUCAUCCAUGGCAGGUCGCCCAUGGAAAGCGUCUUACUACGCCGCGAGUCUGCGACGACAGAUCUUUCGAAAGCAUCUCGGACUACUACCCCCCCAGGACUACCAGCGACCGGAUGCGAAUUUCACUCCCGUCGGCCAACCCAAUGUGUACGACUGGGGCAGUCGCGAAGAUCACGCAGUCGCGGACCCGCUUUCGGAGUCGUUUGAGGCUCUCUGGAAGACCACCGCUGCCAACAACACUGCAGCUUUCGCCAAGGUCUUCCACCCAGUUCCUGAUGAUUCAGUCCGUAACUGGAAAGACUACGAUAACUACUACGGCCGAUUCUUCAAGGCCGAUGACGCGAAGAAGGGAGCAAAGGACGUUGAGAGGCCGAGUACUUGGAAGUGGGGCCAUGUUGUCGCAGAGUCCUUUUCACCUGGCGAACAGGGCUUGGCUGAGGUCAAAGAGAUCCUUAGUCGGAUCAAGGGUAACCUGGUUGAGAUGCCAUUGAUGUUCCUUAAGGAGGAAGACAUCGCCAAGGAGGGGUUGGGUCUCAACUCGUUCACCGAGACGGUGUAUACUUGA